AUGGAGCUGUUCCCAGCACAGCCCGAUUUGUCCCUCCAAAUCAGCCCUCCCAACGCCAAACCCUCCUCCACCUGGCCUCGCCGGCCGGCAGCCGACGACGAUGCCGCCGCCGAUUUGGGAGGGUUCUGGAAGCGAGCCCUCGACUCCAGAAACCCCACCACCACCACCUCCAACACCGCCUUCGACCUCUCCCUCUCCAAUCCCCGCCUCCUCUCCGAUUCCAACAACCACCACCACCAUGGAAACGCCAACGGAGCUAGCUUCCAGCAACAUCAGUACCCUUCAACUUUCUACCACCACCACCACCAGCAGCCGCAACAGCAACCGUAUCAAAAUCCAAACCACAACCACAACCAGUACCCAAUCAGCUUCCAGCAGCAGCAGCUGAGCCAGGAGCUGGGUUUCUUGAGGCCGAUUCGCGGGAUCCCAGUCUACCACCAAAACCCACCUCCGAUUCACCAGCCUCAUCAUCAUCAUCAUCUAGAUAAUAGUAGCAAUAACAACAUUCUCCCAGCUGCUGCUGGCGGCGGCGGCGGAGGAGGAGGGGGAGGGGCGGCGGGGAUGAUGAUGAGAUCGAGGUUCAUGUCGCGGUUCCCGGCGAAGAGGAGCAUGAGGGCUCCCCGGAUGCGGUGGACCACCACCCUCCACGCCCGCUUCGUCCACGCCGUCGAGCUCCUCGGCGGCCACGAGAGGGCGACGCCCAAAUCGGUGUUGGAGCUCAUGGAUGUCAAAGACCUCACCUUGGCUCAUGUUAAAUCCCAUUUGCAGAUGUAUCGGACAGUGAAGACCACUGACAGAGCAGCUGCCACGUCAGGGCAAUCGGAUGUGCUUGACAACGGGUCUUCCGGGGACAAUACUUCAGAAGAUUUGAUGCUGGAAAUACAUCAGAACUCGUCGUCUUCGCGGCGACCACCACCGGAAGUAAUGUCGAUGAUGCAGCAGCCGGGAAGAACAGGCGGCAGCGGCGGCGGCGCUAGUAAUGUUGUCGGGCACCAGCACGAGAAGGACUAUCAUCACCAAGCGCUUUGGAGCAAUUCUUCUAGGGAAGCUUGGUUGCAUGGGAAGACAAAGGACUCCCCUGGAAGUUUGCCAUCUCUUGAGAAGGAGAUGGAUGCAAAGUGUAUGAGCUAUGAGAGAAGGUCAGAAGCAAGUUGUUCAUCAAGCCAGCUUUCAGGGUCAAGAAGCCCCAAGAGGCCAAACUUGGAGUUCACUUUGGGCAGGCCACAUUGA